AUGCGCUACAUCUCCUCCCAAAUCGAGCGGCCCAUCCGCAUCGUGGCCCUCAGCUCCUCCCUCUCCAACGCCAAGGACGUGGCUCACUGGCUGGGCUGCAGCGCCACCUCCACCUUCAACUUCCACCCCAACGUCCGCCCCGUGCCCCUGGAGCUGCACAUUCAGGGCUUCAACAUCAGCCACACGCAGACUCGGCUGCUCUCCAUGGCCAAGCCCGUCUACCACGCCAUCAUGAAGCACGCUCUCUGCCCUGAUCCCUCAGGGGUGCAGGCGCCCAGCCCUCUCCUGGCUCCGGACCCCGCUCCCAGCACGCCCCGGAGGAGCAGCCUGAAGAAACCGGCCGUCGCCUCCGCGCUGAAGAGACAAGGUGAGCCUCGGCCGCGGCGCCCGGGUGUCGCGCCCUGUUUACAACACUCUUCACCUGCUUCUUUCAUCCUCUCCCGGCUGUACUGGGAUGCUGCCGAGGCCAACUUCAUCUUCCUCAGUCAGGCUACCCCCGACAGGUUCCUGCACUGCGCCGAGAAGGAUCUGUUGCCCUACCUGGACAAGCUCAACGACAACACGCUGAAGGAGACGCUCGUCAACGGCGUGGGCUACCUGCACGAGGGGCUGACCGCCAUGGAACGGCGCGUGGUGGAGCAGCUUUUCAGCUCCGGCGCCGUUCAGGUGAUGGUCGCCUCCCGCAGCCUCUGCUGGGGCAUGAACAUCGCCGCUCACUUGGUGAUCAUCAUGGACACGCAGUACUACAACGGCAAGAUCCACGCGUAUGUGGAUUACCCCAUCUACGACGUGCUGCAGAUGGUGGGCCACGCUAACCGCCCGCUGCAGGACGACGAGGGCCGUUGUGUCAUCAUGUGCCAGGGAUCCAAGAAGGAUUUCUUCAAGAAGUUCCUCUACGAGCCGCUGCCGGUGGAGUCGCACCUGGACCACUGCAUGCACGAUCACUUCAACGCCGAGAUCGUCACCAAGACCAUCGAAAACAAGCAGGACGCGGUGGAUUACCUCACCUGGACCUUCCUGUACCGCAGGAUGACGCAGAAUCCAAACUACUACAACCUGCAAGGGGUGUCCCACAGGCAUCUCUCCGAUCACCUCUCCGAGCUGGUGGAACAGACCCUCAGUGACCUGGAGCAGUCCAAGUGCAUCAGCAUCGAGGACGAGAUGGACGUGGCUCCUCUGAACCUGGGGAUGAUCGCGGCUUAUUACUACAUCAACUACACCACCAUCGGUGAGGGCUCCGCCGGGGGCAG